GACUUCUGGGGACACCAGGAAACACCCUCAUCCUCACCCCAGGGAGACCCACACAGGCCCGCGAGGUUGGCCGAACCCGGGUGGCCCUAGGGGCAUCACUGCAUCAAGUCCCUGGGUUUCGGCCCCCGAGGCUGUGUCGAGCUGGGGGCGGGGGCGGGCGGACACUUCUUUUCAGCGUCUGGGGUCCUGGUGGGGGAGUGGCAGCCCUGCCCAAGGCCAGCACUGGAGCAAGCCCUGUUAUGAGACCCAGGGGCCUGGUGACCUGGCUCCGAGGGGCCCUAGGGCUCUUGACUGAGCGGACAGAGGCCUGGGUUGGCACCAGCCCUCCCGUGCGGCGCUGGCUGGAGCAUCCCAGCUGCUCAGCCCACUCAGGUGGGUCCGCUUCCCUGCCCCCAGCCCACUCUGCCCCACGGGGUGCAGCUCUGCCCUUGCCUGACCUCACAGCACUGGGACAAGCAACCAGCUUGCCAGAGAGGCGUCCCCACACAUCAUAAGCUCCUGGCUUUCCUUCCUCCGUGCCGGCCACUCCUCAGCUUCCUUCAGGUCUGUCCCUCUGCUUCACCUCCUAACCUGCAGCACCUGCCCUGCGUCCCCACCUCCAGCCCCAUGACCUCCCCUCACCCCAAAGUUUCAGGUGCUAGUCUUGAGGAAGAUACCCAGGCCUUCCAGGCCUCCACCUGUGUCCACUGCAUACUCACCACCAGCACCCGAACAACACUGGGCGUUAACACGUGCACAGCCGCCCCUGGCCCGGCCCUACCCCCACCCCCGCCAGAUACCAUGGAGGUGCGCUUGCCUCCACCCUCUCCCGUCCCACAUCUGAUCCGCCAGGAGCUCCCACUGCCUACCUCUCCACCCCUUCAGGAGCCGCUCCUCUUCCUACGUGCUCCCGCCUGCCAGGCCCUCCCUCCUGGCUCUGUAACAGCCACCAGACUGGCUGGGCUUCCCUUCCUAAGUAGGGCAGUCAGACUCCUGGCGGCCUCCAUGCUGCGCCCAUUUCCCCCGACCUCAUUUCCUGCUCCUGCCACACUGGCCUCCUUGCUGGUCCCUAAUCUGGGGCCUGUGCACAACUCUCCUUUGGCUCUUGGACAACUCCCCAGAAAAAUCCUGUUCGAAUGGAAACUGAGUAGCCAUGUCUGUCUCCGGAAAGGAUAGGGGAGAGGCUGUCUGGAGGUCAAGCCCUACUCCACCAGAGUAGAACCAACGCAUCACGAAGAACUCACCUGAUUCACAUACCACAGAGCCAGGCCGAAGCUCCAGCAU